AAGAAACUACAAAUGUUUAACGCUUAUGAAACUGAAUCCGCGAAUCCAAAAGUUUGUUUUCAGCGAUUCCUUUGUGUCAUAUAUCCGCUCGGAUCCAUUUAGACCGAUUCCUAAACGAUUCGCUCAGAGCGUGAAUAAAUUCAUUGUAAAGAUCCGGCUCAAAAAUAAUGAUUCAUUCAGGAGUCGGACAUCGGUUUCGAAAACAUGGAUAUUGGUGUUGUGUUUAGGAGAUGUGAAACUGAAGUAAAACUGAGGUUAUAUUUGUGACGUAAAGUUCAGGUAAUGUCAGCGCCAAUGCGAAGUUUAUGUGUUUAUAUGUUCCGUCGUUUUACUGUAAGAAUGAACUCUCCAUAUUUCGCCGAUUCAACAGCUGUAUUAGACACUUCUGCAUCCGAGACUAUGGGGAAAAGUGCUGUAAAUAAAGGAGGAAUCCGUAGAUUGAGAUCCAGAAUGACUCAAGGGCUCAAAUCAGAAGAUGAUCCUCCAAAAGUGAAAGCAGAAGUUCACGAGCAGAGUAUUUCAGAUGCUCCACUGCAGACACAUGCACAGACUCCUGCAGAGACUGUGUCAAGUUGCAAAGACACAGCAAAAGUGAAGGAAGAAGCAGCCCCUCUGAUGUCACCUAGGAAAUCAAGGCGGGGCCGUUUGAAGGUGGAGUAUGAGGAGGAAGGGGUGGAGCUAAAGAGGGAGCGCUGGGAGCCGUGUGAUUGGAGAACACAGCUGUCGUUUAUCAGGGAAAUGAGGAGCAAACGGGAUGCUCCUGUGGACCAAAUGGGAGCAGAAAAAUGCUACGACGCAGAGGCCCCGCCUGAGGUGCGUCGUUAUCAGGUGCUGAUCUCCUUAAUGUUGUCCAGUCAAACGAAAGAUCAUGUGACGGCUGGCGCUAUGCAGAGAUUACGUGAGCAUGACCUCAGCGUGAACGCCAUACUCAACAUGGACGAGGAGACUCUGGGCAAACUCAUCUACCCAGUGGGCUUCUGGAGGACAAAGGUGAAGUACAUCAAACAGGCCACGGCUCUGAUCCAGCAGGAGUUUGGCGGAGACAUUCCUAACACAGUGGAGGGUCUGAUACGUCUGCCGGGCGUCGGCCCUAAGAUGGCCCACCUGGCCAUGGACAUCGCCUGGAACCAGGUUUCAGGCAUCGGCGUGGACACCCACGUCCACCGAAUCUCAAACAGGCUCGGAUGGACCAGGAAAGAGACCAAAUCACCAGAGGAGACUCGGAGAGCUCUCGAGGAGUGGUUACCACGAGACCUGUGGAGUGAGAUCAACUGGUUGCUGGUUGGUUUCGGGCAGCAGGUGUGUUUACCUGUCGGGCCGCUGUGCUCCAUGUGUCUGAAUCAGCACACCUGUCCCUCCGCACACCGAUCCUCUCCCAGCAAGAAGCUCAAAUCCAGUCUAGCAUCUCCAACACCACAGGUUAAAGAAGAGCCGGCGGACGCAUCCCGGUCCAGGUGCCCCUCUGAGAACAGGAAGCACACAGCCCAACAGGAAGUGUCAGGAAACAAGGGACAAGAAAAGCCAACACCAAAAGACACUCCAUCCCUCCUCAGGCAGAGAAACAGAAGGAAGUGGAAAGCAGGAGCGCCACCAUCAGGACAGACCUCUGUCUUUACACCAGACAGCUGAGUGUUGGAUUCAGUUUGAACCAAGUACUGUGUAAAUGCACAACGAUUAUCACAUCACAUUGAUUACGUUUAUUAUCAAAUAAAUUGUAACUAAAUGAAAAAAAGUUUUAGAUUAAAGGACAUUGUUAGAACAAGGUCCUAACCUUGUGUUGAACAUUAUUUAUAGCAUAUUUACCAUUCAAAAUGCAAAAUUCACUGUAGUUCACAUCGUUGUAUAUUACUGUUAGUCAUUGAACAUAUCUAUCAUAAAACAGUUGUCAGAUAUUUAAUGUUUAGCUGCAUACAUCUUACCACGCACUCUUUGAUUGUAAAAUCUAAAGCAUCACGUUGGAAUUCGCACUAAUAUUCAGUGAACAGUAAGCCCCGCCUUCUUUGAUCUGAUUGGCCAUCGUCUUGACAUUGACGAACACUGUUAGACCGCUAAGGCAGACCAGACUAAAAAUGUAACUUUUUAAACUGUUAGUCAUCCUAUCAACAUACACAGCUGUGCGUAAUGAAGAGCAGCAGAGCAGAAUUAAGAAUAUCAGAUAUUGGCCAUUUCUGAUUAUUACAGCCCUGUGUUAGAACAGCAUACUACCAUACUACUCUUACUUCAAAAUUUCCUUCAGUACACAGAACUCCUGUAAUAAAAAAUUGCCAAAAUUUGCGUUCCACAAUGCAUUGUGCUCAACCUGUUAUCAGUUCCAUAUACAUGAUAUAUAUAACAUAUGCAUGCACAACACACUAGUAUUCAAUAAAGAAUAGCAUAUUAGUGUA